AUGUCAUUUUCCAGUAGCUCAUCUCCCGUCUGGGAUUAUCGGAGCUCUCCGGGGCCGCUAAGUGUCCCCAUCCUGUGGUCACGACAAAACGCCACGGAAACGCCAAUGGAACUAAGCCUUCAGACGACGAGCCUGGGCCCCGGUCAUCUCCUAUGGCUGGCUAUUAACGCUUUCCUGUUUGUCCUUAUACUGGGCGGCAAUAUCCUGACCAUUGUGGCGGUGCGCACCUGUCGCCACUUGCGGUCAGUCAUCUCUAACCUGUUCAUCCUCUCCCUGGCCGUUUCUGAUUUCUGCGUAGGAUUGGCUCUGCCCUAUCACCUGGUUUUCUACAUGGGCUCUGACAUUGGCGGCAUGAAAGGUCCCUGCCUGUUGCGCUUUUUUCUACUCAUCUGCGCCUGCUGCGUUUCCAUGCUGACUCUGAUCUCCAUUGCGGUGGAUCGGUACAUAGCCGUGGUUUAUGCCUUGCACUACAGAAGAUACAUGACUCGAAGGGUGGCCUAUAGCAUCAUCGUUUGUAAUUGGUGCCUGGGUGCUUUGGUGGCUCUGAUGCCUGUGUUCUGGAAUAGAUGGCCCGAGGCCCAGGCUUGCGAAUUCGACGAAGUCCUUUCGCCCGGUUACAUAGCCGGGGUGAUUACGCCAGGCUUUGUGAUCAUCUGGAUCUGUAUGCUACUUGUUUACUGGCGGAUAAUGCGCGAGGCUUCCAAGCAGGCACAGAGGUUGCGACAGUCCGUUGUCUACAACACGGAUGAGGCCACUACUAUGAGGAGUCUGCUACUACAUCCGGACUGGAAGAGUGUACAGAUUGUGGUCUUCAUAAUGGGCUGCUUCACCCUAUGCUGGCUGCCAUAUUUUUGUGUGGCCAUUGCUCAGUUGUUCAGCAUUUGCCGGAGCAGCUCGAUGAUCUACAAAGCCACAUUUUCGCUGGCCAUCACCAACUCUGCCCUGAAUCCGAUCAUUUACUCGUGGAAGAACUCUGGCUUCCGUCGAGCCUUUGCCCAAACCCUCUGCUGCCGGACAGCGAGACAGUGUGAGGAGCAGUUGCCGGCGGACAGCAAGCACCGCAUGGAGGCCACCUCUUCAUCCACGGGCUACCAGCAGGAGAUCAAACCGAAGACCACACAGUGAUUACCGAAAAGGGAUAAUUUUCAAUCUCUAUUCAUUGUUCUGGUAAAAUUAUGUGGAUUUGAUAGCAAUUAAAGUCGACAUUAUCGUUAAGAGAAGAACUUUUCUAAAUCUCCAAUCAAAAUUUUCAGGAUCAAAUAUUAAACUUACUGGAUAUGGUACUUCUUAAAAA